AUGGUUUUGACAAGAUUAGCAUCUCAUUCGUCAAGAUAUCCUAUUCAUACAGUUGUCAUUGUUUCAUUACUUGCAACAACAGCGUAUAUUCAUCUGUUUGAAAUUGCUAGAGAUGGCGGUAUUGAUUUUGGAACAUCUUUCGCAAAUAAUCUUAGUCUUGAUUUUCGGAGCAUAGAAGGAGCUUUAGUAGGAACUAAAGCUGUAGAUGGGGACUGGCAUUGGGAACAUAACAAAAAUCUAUAUAAUAUUGAAGCAAAUUCAUUAAUCUUAAAUAUUCUUCAAUUUGAUCACCCAUAUUUAGAUAAGCGUGAAGAGUUAGUAGAUCUAUUUCUUGAUAUGUGCUUAAAAAAGUCUAAUACGAAUAUGUGUCUUUUUUAUGGAAAUGAAACAUCUUCUAAGAUUAUAUUAAAAGACCUUUCUCCGUUAUUGGUAUUUGAAUUAGAACAACGUAUUCAAAAUAUAAGAACAGAAAACUUGGCGUAUUCAAAAAGAAAGCAUUAUUUACAGCAAAAUAUAAACAAUCCUGGAAUAAUAAUUUAUUGGUUACGUAACAAUGCAUACACUAUAGUUCAAAAGAUAUGGAAACAUAUUAAAGAUACUGACAUAAUCGACAUUGCUGUAUUACUUAUUGGAUAUAUAUCAAUGAAUUUUGUAUUUAUUUUACUUUUUCUUAAUAUGAGAACCUUAGGAUCUAAUUUCUGGCUUGCAGCAGUUGUUUUGACCUCGGGAACCUUUGCUUUUUUGUUUGCACUUAAUACUGUUAAUUACUUUGGAGACAACAUAAACCCUUUGGUUUUAUCAAAAAAAAUACCUUUUUUAGCUGUUACUGUCGGGUUUGAGAAGCCAAGCUUACUAACUAGAGCAGUAUUAAAUUCAUCCCCAGAUAUAAACACAAAUCCUAUAAGAGAAAAUGUAGUAAAUGCUGUUAGAGAUAAAGGUUGGAUAAUUGUUCGGGAUUAUUUAUUUGAAAUAGGAAUAUUAAUAUUGGGGGCAAUGAGUGGUGUUGAUGGAUUAAAUCAAUUUUGUAAAGUUGCUGCAUGGAUAUUGGGAUUCGAUUGUUUACUUUUAUUUACAUUUUAUAUAGCAGUUUUGAGUAUAAAGCUUGAGAUAAACCGUAUUAAACAACGAGCAGGUGUUCAAAGUAUUUUUGAAAAGAAUAUCUUGUUACAGGAAACUAUAUAUGAUAUAACAAACAAUAAUUCUUGCAUACCGAGUAAUAAUGUAAAUGAAAAGAAACCUGCAAAUAUUGGAAUAUACAAUGUUUUUGGUUAUCACAAUGUCAAAGAAUCAAGUAUAAGUAGAUUCAAAUUAAUAAUGACUAGCUGCUUUUUUCUUAUUAACUUCCUUAAUUUAUGUACUUUCCCAUUUCAAACAGUGAAUCAUUUGAAGUCUUCGUCAAGUAAAGAAUUCAGAAUAAUUAGGAUUAAUCCCCUUGAAAUUUAUGAAAUUCUUGACCUUCUUGACAAGUUAACUCAGGACAUUCAUCCAUCAAUUCGGAAAGUAUCACUGAACGUUUUACCUGUUUUUACUCUUAAGGCUAUAAAUAAGCCAUUUUCUGUCGAUGCUGUGCUUGAAUCUCUUGAACUAUGGGCAAAAAGCAUUUCAGAUCCUAUAAUGAACAAAUGGAUUAUGAUUAUAUUGAUUUUAAGCAUUAUAUUUAAUGCAUACUUAUUUAAUGUAACUCGUUGGGUUACUCCGGUUCAAAUAUCAUUAAAAACUCAGGAUUCAUCUUCUCAUAUGAUUGAAGAAAUUAAAAAAAUUACAGAUAAUACUUCUAGCUAUUUAGAGAAAGAUCUAUAUGGUAAUAUUAGCAAUAAUAGUGAAAUAAGAUCUAUAGAUAAAUGUGAAGAAUUAUUAAAAAAAGGUCUUUCUACUUUAAUGCAAGAUGAAGAAAUCCUACAAUUGACCUUGAAUUCUAAAAUUCCAAGUUAUGCAUUAGAAAAAGUUUUAAAUGAUCCUGAAAGAGCAGUUAAAAUUCGAAGAUCAUUUAUUUCUCGAAAAUCUGGUACAAAUGUUUUAGAAACGUUAGCACUUCCUUUUAAGGAUUAUGAUUAUGCUCGUAUUAUGGGUGCAUGUUGUGAAAAUGUUAUCGGAUAUGUUCCAAUCCCUGUUGGCGUUGCUGGACCAUUAUUAGUCGACAAAAUUGAGGUAUAUCUUCCAAUGGCAACAACUGAAGGUGUUCUUGUAGCAAGUACUGCUAGAGGAUGUAAGGCUAUUAAUGCUAGUGGUGGUGUUACAACCAUAUUAGUUCAAGACUUAAUGACUAGAGGUCCUUGUGUUUCAUUUCCUACCGUUUCACGAACGGGAAUGGUGAAAGCAUGGUUAGAUACUGAGCAGGGUCAAAAUGCUAUUAAAAAGGCAUUUAAUUCAACAAGUAGAUUCGCUCGUCUUUCUAGUGUUAAAUCGACUAUUGCUGGUACUAAUUUAUAUAUAAGAUUUUCUACAACUACAGGAGAUGCUAUGGGAAUGAAUAUGGUAUCAAAGGGUGUAGAAAAUGUUUUAAAAGUCAUGAUCAAAGAUUUAGGAUUUGAUGAUAUGAGAAUAAUUUCUAUUUCAGGAAACUAUUGUACCGAUAAAAAGCCUGCUGCUAUAAAUUGGAUUGAAGGCCGAGGAAAAAGUGUUAUUGCAGAGGCAACAAUUUUGAAAGACAUUGUUAAAUCAGUUCUUAAAUGUAACGUCGAUGAUCUUGUAGAAUUAAACAUUUCUAAAAAUUUAAUUGGAAGUUCCAUGGCAGGAAGUGUUGGAGGAUUUAAUGCACAUUCUGCCAAUAUCGUUGCUGCUCUUUUUAUUGCUUUGGGACAGGACCCAGCUCAGGUAGUAGAAUCUGCAAAUUGUAUAACUUUAAUGAAAAAUAUAAACGGAAAUCUUCACAUAACUGUUUCAAUGCCUUCAAUCGAAGUUGGGACUAUUGGGGGAGGGACUAUAUUAGAACCACAAAGUGCAUUAUUAGAUUUGCUUGGAGUUCGUGGACCUCAUCCAACAAUUCCCGGUAAUAAUGCAAAAAGACUUGCCAGAAUCAUUGCCGCUGCUGUUCUUGCAGGUGAGCUUAGUCUUUGUUCUGCACUUACUGCUGGGCAUCUUGUAAAAAGUCAUAUGCAGCAUAAUCGUAGCUCAUUAAAUACACCUAUAUCUAGUUGUUCAAGUACACCAAGGUUAUAA